CUCCUGCUCCGAGUGUUCGUGUAUUCAGGCCUCGUCCUCUUGGUUCCAGAUUGUCUCGGCCUUCGCUUCACCUGGCUCCACUCGCUCUUUGAUAAUUUCCCGUCGCUGCUGAGCUUCGUGUCGAGGCUCCGCUGCCGGACGGGGAUUUGUCCGAGCGACCUGGAAGAUUACGGUUGCUGCUGCAGGGUGGCGGCGGCCGGAAACCCCGUGGAUCCUCUGGACGGCUGCUGUGAGGCUCACCGGUCGUGUUACCAGAACGCUGCCCCCUGCAGGCAGCCUCUGGUUCUGCCUCCGUACAACUUCACCUGUGCAGCAGCAAACAUCAGCUGUGAUGGUGGUGACCUGUGUCAGCAGAGGUUUUGUGAAUGUGACCAGGCCGCCAUCGACUGCAUGACUCGGAGUCCCUACAACUCGACUCUGAGAGGCUUCGACGAGUCUCAGUGCUCAGCCAUGAAUCAAACAGAUCUGCUCGGCGUCUCGGAGGCCUUCGGAGGAGCAGAUGUUCUCCCAGCAGUCAAUGACUCUGCCAGCUACCAGCUCUCCAACUCCUCCUUCCUGUCAGCAGAGAUGGAUACGCUAAUGAUCAGCGGACUGCAGAACCAGAAUGACACCACGGGGAUGGACGGCGACCUCAUCACCCCAACGUCGGCCACGCCCUCCCUGCUGAAGCCUGCUGAUAUGAAUGAAGCCGUCGCAGAGGAAGCACUCAAGAUAAAAAAGGAUCCGAUGACCCACAAUCCUCCAGGAACCAGCCUGGAUUCAGUUUCAGACGGAGAAACAGGAAGUGAAGCAGAAUCUGAGUCGUCCUCUUCGUUUAUUUCUGGAAACACGAAGACGGAUCGAAGCCAAACAUCAACUGUUGAUGUGACAUCAGCUCCCCUCAGGACUACAACUACCAGAGAGCUGACAUCGACGCCUGUGGAAGAGUCAGCAGAGGAAGGUUCAGUCGUCACAACAGCUUCAUCUCUGUUGUCGGUCAAACCUCAGAUGAGUCCAGACGUGGAAAUAACAACAAAUGAGAAACUUCCUGUGUCAUCUGGAGAAGAAGAAGAGGAUGAAGAGGAUGAAGAUGAUGAAGAGGAGAAGCAGGAGGCGUUUGAUGAACACGGUCCAGAGUUUCCCACCAGAACCACAACGAGGUCCGCGCAAGACGAUCCGACCGCUCCGAGCCACGAUCAGGAGGCUCCAACAUCUGCAGCAGCAACAACAUCCACAGGAAGACGAAGCUCCUCCAUCAAUCCUCAGUCAGAUGUCGACGCCCGAAGCUCGACGACAGCAGCUGGAAACUCUCCGAACUUCACGACAAAUGAAGCUGCAUCUGAGACGAAACGACAAAACGGGGAAAUAAAACCAGAUGAAGCUCCGUGUGAAGAAGGAGAGCAGAUGGGCAACUCGCCGGAGGAAGACGACUGGGAUGCAGCUCGGAAGAGGACGGUUCCGUUCUUCGCCUGGUCGCUGCUGGAGUCUGUCGGAUUAACGGAUAUUCAGCUGCAGACCGACAGCAAAGAAUGCAGCUUCACCUUCAGCCUCUACGGCAGCGACGGUCGAACCCACCGUCAGAUGCCGGCGCUGGGAGAGAUGCUCCACUGUCUGACGGGUCGAUGUCCUCACGAGUACGAGAUGUACGGCUGCUACUGUGGACAGGAAGGAGGAGGACAACCUCUGGACCAGCUGGACAGGUGCUGUUUCUUCCAUCACUGCUGCCUGAAGCAGAUCACCUCGAUGGGCUGCCGGUCAGACAGGAAGCUCAACGCUCAGAUCACCUGCGAGAACAGAAAACCUCGAUGUCAGGGCAUCACCGUGUGCGAUAAGCUGCAGUGUGUUUGCGAUAAAACCACGGCUGAAUGCAUGUCGGCGGCUCACUUCAACCACAGCCUGCCGUCACAACGCUGCAGCGGACCAGAACCGCCGUGCCGCCGGGCCAGCAGACCCCCCAAACCUCUGAGGGUCCCAGUCCAGUCCAGUGAGGAACCGAGCAGCGAACAGGACACGUCUGCAGAAAGCAACACGCCUCCACCAGCACACCUGCAGGACAGUGAUGAAAGCUCCGACCUGAAGGACGAUGGUGAGGCAACAAGUCGUCCCCUUCAUCCUCCUCCUGUAUCCAGCGAGGAGAGUAAAGAGUCGACGACAGUGAGCGGGAUUCAAACCCACAACCUGAAACCUGGAGAAGGAAAACCAGGAGGGACGGAAGAUGAAGAAGAAAAAGAAGAAGAGGAGGAGGAGGAGGAAGAAAAAGAAGAAGAAGAAAAAGAAGAGGAGGAGGAAGAAAAAGAAGAAGAAGAAGAAGAAGGGAUCUAGAAGGAAUCAUACUUCUUUUCAUCGGCAGCUUUAGGAGUCACUUUGUUUAAAUCUUCUUGUCAAAAUGUUGUAAUUUACAGAAAUCAGAUGUUUUCUUUGAUUUUCAGACACUUCUUUUUUUAAAUUUGGAAUAAAAACUGCAGAAACUCGA